AUGAAAGCACGACAAAGAGGACCGGGUUAUCAUUUCAAGUACCCGGAUCCUAACGGCUUCGAACACUCGCUUUGUAUCGAUGAGAAUGAUAGGGUAGUACCAGUAGCUGAUAUGCAUGGAGGAGGUGGCCACAGAGGCGGCGAUUUUCAAGGAUUGGGGGGAGUCGAUCCGCGGCAGAUGAUGGCGAUGCAGAGGGAUCAGUUCCAACAUCCCGGACAAAUGCAUAUGAUGCCAGCGCAAAUGCAACCAGGAAUUCAACAGCGACGACCGUGGGAUAUGCAACAGGCACAGCAAGUGGCAGAGCACCAACAACGCGCACGACAUCACAGCCAGCCUCAUGCUCAGCCAUUGGCACAGCCUCAACAAGCGGGAGCUCACGAUUCCAACCGACCCAUAUUCCAGAAUCCCUUCAAGGAGCCUUUGCCUCAAGGUUCCUACGGUAAGCGCGAGUACGUGCCAGGUCAGGAAAAAAUCAAGGUUAGCGACUAUGGGCCGCGCGCCGAUAAUCCGGGGACGGGUUGGGAUUUGAUGCAAUUUUUGAACCAGUUGCGGAAGCAGGACGGGCGAGGUUGA